AUGUCGCUCUUUGCCUGGGCCUCGCGGCGUGCUGGUGGCAUCGCCAUGCUUGCCACCAUCUUUCUCAGCUACUGGGUUGUGUCUCGAGAGGCGCGGUCUGCCGGGUUUACGCUGCCCUCAAUCUACUUGUUCAGCUCGCAGUCGCCCAGAGCUUCCACGCCGUCGACCAUGCCGACCAACACGGACGGUGCCGGCAUCUGGACUGUAGUCUUCGCCUACUACGCCCUCUUUAUCCAUAUCAUGGUCUUCGCCUUCCCUCUUCGCUCGUGCUAUGCCGUUAUCGAGCUCACCAAGAGCGUCGGAAGGGUCGCACGCAGCAAAUCGCUCAAGGACUUCAAGCUCUCUCAUGGCCGCCGUGGCUCCUCGACUUCACUCUCCAGCUCCGAGACCCUGACUUCGUCUCGCGACAUUGCCUCGCCCUCCGCUUCGAGCAGCGACGCCGGCGACUACGAGAACGAGUUCCUGACAGACGCUGACGCUGAGCGUGUUGUGCACGCCAUCAUCAUCCCCAACUACAAGGAGGAGGUUGACACGCUCCGUGAGACUCUUGACGUCCUUGCAUCGCACCCCCAAGCCCGCGACUGCUACGAUGUCUAUCUUGGUAUGGAACAGCGCGAGCACAAUGUCGAGCUCAAGGCGAUGAACCUCAUUCAAGAGUUCGUCAAGAAGUUCCGGUCUAUCGAAUACACGCUGCAUCCUUCCGACAUCCCCGGCGAGUCACCUGGCAAGGGAAGCAACAUCGCUUGGGCUGGCCGUAAGCUCAGCGAGCGCUACUCCAUGACUGCCCGCAAGGACGUCAUUGUCACCGGAAUCGACGCCGACAGCCACCUGUCGUCAAACUACUUUGCCCUGCUGACCAAUAUGCACAUUUCCAACCCCGAGACCGCACUGACCACGCUCUACUCCGCUCCCAUCAUCUUCGACCGCAAUGCGCACGCUGUUCCCGCCAUUGUCCGUGUUGGUGAUAUCCUCUGGGCCGCUGCUGGUAUGUCUGGCCUGUACGGCGCUUCGACCAUUGCUCCGCCCACCUCGGUCUACUCGCUUCCUCUUGAGCUCAUUGAUCGUGUUGGUGGCUGGGACUGUGAUUCUGAGGCAAUUGGCGAGGAUCUGCACAUGUACCUCAAGUGCUUCUUUGCGCUCAACGGCAACUUGACCGUCAAGACUGUUCUCAGCCCCGUCAGCCAGAGCAACGUCAAGGGUGACGGUGGCGAGGGUCUCCGUGGAAUCUACAACGACAUCAUGGCCCGAUACAAGCAGGCUCUGCGACACAUGUGGGGCGCACUCGAUACUGGCUUCUUCCUCCGCAAGGCUGUUGAGCUUUGGCAAGAACGCAAGCACACUGCCCGGGCUUUCCGACCUCUCCACGUUGCUCUGAACAACCCCACAGACUCUGUCAUUACUCAGACACAGCUUGACAGCAUCAACCCUGAGCAGACCCACGAGAGCGGCAUUUAUUCGGAUGUUACCACGGAUACCCUUAAGGACCCCAACUAUGAGCGCCUGAUCUACUUGGCCCACCGCAUGUUCGAAGCUCACUUCCUCCCCCUCCAGAUGACCAUCCUCGUUGUUGCCACGACACUGUACGUCAUCGUCACGGAGGGCGGCGCCGACUCCCACCACCUUGCCUGGAUCUUCUCCUGGUGCAACUUGCUGCGGGGCGCCGGUUUCAUCGAGGUUGCCUGCUACCUUGUCCUCUACGAGCGCUUCCACCGCGUCUGUGCGACUGCGAGAGAGAGGGAGAUGCAAGAGGCUGGUCUUGCUAAGGGCAUGUGCUUUUCGCACCGCAGCCUCAAGAAGAACUUGGUCGACUAUGUCAUGGUUCCGCUUGUCGCCCCCCUCUACGGUGCCAUUCCCUGCGCUCAGGCCCAGCUGCAACAUUUCUGGACCCUCGACCUGGUCUAUACGGUCAGCAAGAAGGUCACUCGGCAAAGAGCCAAGUCCCUGUCGGCAGAAGCAAUGGCGUAA